AUGAGUAGCUUGAAACUGCUGAAGUAUGUCCUAUUUUUCUUCAACUUGUUCUUUUGGUUCUGUGGUUGUUGCGUCUUAGGAUUUAGGAUCUAUUUCCAAAUCCACAACAGCUUUGGGGUGCUCUUCCAUAACCUCCCGUUCCUCACACUGGGCUAUGCUUUCAUCAUUGUGGGAUCCGUUGUCAUGGUGAUCACUUUCCUGGGCUGCAUGGGCUCCAUCAAGGAGAACAAGUGCCUGCUUAUGUCGGUCUUUGUUCUACUGCUGAUUAUCCUCCUUGCGGAGGUGACCUUGGCCAUCCUGCUCUUCGUAUAUGAACAGAAGCUGAGUCUGUAUGUGUCUGAAGGAUUGACUGAGAGCAUCCAGCAUUACCACACCAACAACAGCACCAAGGAGGCGUGGGACUCUAUCCAGUCAUUUCUGCAUUGUUGUGGUGUAAAUGGCACAAGUGAUUGGACUUCAGGCCCACCAUCAUCUUGCCCCUCAGAUCCACAAGCUAAGGGUUGCUAUGCAAAAGCAAAACAGGGGUUUCACUCCAAUUUCCUGUAUAUUGGAAUCAUCACCAUCAGUGUAUGCAUGAUCCAGGUGUUGGGGAUGUCUUUUGCGCUAACUCUGAACUUCCAGAUUGAUAAAACCAGCCAAGUCCUUGGGCUGUAA